AGAGUGUAUGUAACCUGUGUCUAACAUCAUUGCUGUCGGUUUGCGUGUGUGUGCGUCCCGUUCUCUUCACAGCGCUUUUUGUCCCUACGCAGCUACCUUAGUCGUGUGGUGCCGGAGGUCAACGGAAGGAGGUGUGCGUUGGAAGAGUAUCUACCGCACAAUGUCAUAAAAAUAAUUUAAAAACUGUACCCUUGGUGAAAAUGUCGACAGGACCUGUUGGUAGCUUACAUUGCAGUAAAGCAGGCUCCGUCCGAACUGUGUGAGAGACGCGUGGUGCAAUCCCGGACGCGGUCCAGAAGCCGCCCCGUCCGUUUUGUCCUACACAGUGCUUGAAGCGGGCUGGUUUCAUUGCAGUGCUGCAGUGAAAUCCAGUGACGGCAAGGCCCAAGCAACUGCAGCGCAGCGCCAGGACUGUUACAUGGCUCUCUCUGCAGAGACUGUUAACUGAAAACGUGAACGACAGCACUCUGAAACCAUGCGGAAAGACGUGAGGAUACUGCUUGUAGGAGAACCCAGAGUUGGGAAGACCUCCUUGAUUAUGUCGCUGGUCAGUGAGGAGUUCCCAGACGAGGUCCCUCCCCGGGCUGAAGAGAUCACAAUCCCUGCUGAUGUCACUCCUGAAAGGGUCCCUACACAUAUAGUUGACUAUUCAGAAACAGAACAAACAGAUGAACAGCUUUAUCAGGAAAUAUCAAAGGCCAAUGUUAUAUGCAUAGUGUAUGCAGUCAACAAUAAAAAUUCCAUUGAGAAGGUCACUAGUCAGUGGAUUCCUCUAAUCAAUGAUAGAACAGACAAGGAUAGCAGAGUGCCUUUGAUAUUGGUUGGGAACAAAUCGGACCUGGUGGAGCACAGCAGCAUGGAAACCAUCCUUCCAAUUAUGAACCAGUACACCGAAAUUGAGACUUGUGUUGAGUGUUCAGCAAAAAACUUGAAGAACAUCUCUGAGCUAUUUUAUUACGCCCAGAAAGCUGUUCUGCAUCCUACGGGCCCCCUGUACUGCCCCGAGGAAAAAGAGAUGAAGCCUGCUUGCAUUAAAGCCCUGACCCGCAUCUUCAAGAUUACAGACCAGGACAACGAUGGGAUUCUUAACGAUGCCGAACUCAACUUCUUUCAGAGGGCAUGCUUUAACACCCCCCUGGCUCCUCAGGCCUUGGAGGAUGUGAAGAACGUGGUCCGGAAGAACGUGAGUGACGGGGUGUUUGAUAAUGGACUCACACUGAAAGGCUUCCUGUUUCUCCACACGCUGUUUAUCCAGCGAGGGCGGCACGAGACCACGUGGACGGUGCUGCGUCGAUUCGGAUACGAUGAUGAUCUGGAGCUCACUCAGGACUACCUGUUCCCUCCGUUAAAAAUCCCCCCAGAUUGUACAACGGAGUUAAACCACAAUGCGUAUCUCUUCCUUCAGAGUGUUUUCGACAAACACGAUUUGGACAGGGACUGUGGUUUGUCCCCCGAUGAACUGAAGGAUCUAUUCAAAGUCUUCCCCUACAUGCCCUGGGGUCCAGAUGUCCAUAACACAGUCUGCACCAAUGACCGAGGCUGGAUCACCUACCAGGGAUACCUGUCUCAGUGGACGUUAACAACGUAUCUAGAUGUGCAGCGCUGCCUGGAGUACAUGGGCUACCUGGGAUACUCCAUUAUUUCUGAACAGGAGUCGCAGGCUGCGGCUGUUACUGUGACGAGAGAUAAGAAGAUUGACCUCCAGAAGAAGCAGACUCAGAGGAACGUUUUCAGGUGUAACGUCAUCGGGAUGAAAGGCUGUGGGAAGAGUGCGUUCCUGCAAGCCUUUCUGGGGCGCAACCUGAUGAGACAGAGGCAGAUCAGAGAGGAUCACAAAUCCUUCUACGCAAUCAGCACCACCUAUGUGUACGGCCAGGAGAAAUACUUACUGUUACAUGAACUGUUCGCAGAUUCAGAAUUUCUCUCUGAUUCCGAGAUUUCCUGUGAUGUUGUCUGCUUGGUGUACGACUCCAGCAACCCCAGUUCAUUUGAAUUUUGCGCAAGAAUAUUCAAGCAACACUUCAUGGACAGCAAGACUCCGUGCAUGAUCGUUGCUGCCAAGUCUGAUCUGCACGAGGUGAAGCAGGACUGCAGCCCCUCCCCCUCGGACUUCUGUAGGAAACACAAAAUGCCCCCUCCGCAGCCCUUCACCUGCAACACUGUGGACGUCCCGAGCAAAGACAUCUACAUCAAACUGACCACGAUGGCCAUGUACCCCCACGCCAGGCUACGCUGCAUGUGCACCUGCAACAGGUGCACCUUCUGCAUCUGUCAGAACUUCCUCAACUCAGACUUGCUGCAUUCUGUAAAGACCAAACUCUACACUGCCGUUCUCAACAGACACGUGAUGCAGGCAGAUCUGAAGAGCUCCACGUUCUGGCUGCGGGCCAGCGUGGGAGCCACCAUGUUCGCUGUCCUGGGAUUCGCAAUGUACAGAGCGCUUCUGAAGCAGCGGUGAUCCUGAAGGAAAGUGUGCAACAACACCGCCAUCGCUAAGCAGAUCAAACUUUUACAGAAGUAUAUAUACAUACAUACAUAAGAGUGCUUCGAAGUCUGCAAAUAUCUAUUAUUAUUUUAAUUAUUAUUAUUAAUAAUAAUAUUUCACUAUUUGUUUAAAUAUGUAAGAGUUUCUCCUCAACAUGUUGUUUUGUUUAUGACCUUGCUGAUUUCAGUGAUCAUGAAGAUGCAGUUUGUUUUUUUUUCUUCUACCCGCCCCCCCCCCCCCCACUGCCCCAAAACAAAUAACAUUAUUGUUUUUAAAUGAAAACGUGCAUUCACAGUGUUAGGUAGUUUAACUAGGCAUGGAUGAGCGUCACAGUGGUAUGCAAGACUGCCGAUGCUCCAAAGCCAAAAGGGACGAUGUAGAUAAUGUACAUAUACAGACGUGUGUGUGAAAAGACUGCCCAGUAAACUAACACAGUUGCAGAGGUCACAUUCUGAGAUGCUGUCGUGGUAGAAUUGACUCGUCAAAGCCAUUAGCGUUUUUAUGUUGAAGUCAGAACUGUUUUGUGUCGCACCAGCAUCGAAUGUAUUAUUAUGAUGAUGAUGAUUAUUAUUAUUAUUUAUUAGGUUUUUCUUUUAGUUUGUACAGCAUGUUCGGUAUGCAGAUAAAGCUCAUGGUUUUUUUUUUUUUUCUUCCUCUUUUAACCCUUUGAGUUCUUUAUCUUUCUGUUAACACACGCCGUCGGAGAUCACGUUGGAACCUCACGACUCUGAGGUCGUGUACACAUCUAUGCUCGUGUAUACUCAGUAAGGGAGUUCAUGUUUGAAUUAUAUAACUUUAUUUCAACAACAAUAAUCCAGGAGUGAAAGGGAGGACGUUGUGUCUCCUCCAGGCUCUGGUUGGCAGAUCAUGUAGCCGUGUUGUUAGGAGAGCUCCGGCCCUGGUUUAAAUCAUUCACGCAAUGCCUGGAAUAUUGCUUGUACACUACAAGCCCUCCUUUUCACUAUGAGCACCCCGUUCCUAGCGCUGUCACUGCUGCAAGCUUGCACUCUGUGCUGUAAACCUGGUGCAGUUAUUAUUUUGUAGCGUGGGAUGUGCUGCAUGAUGCACCAUGUGUUCUGCUUUUAUAUCAGAGACAUUGCACCCUUUUGUGGGUUUUUUAUUACCACAAGUUACCAUCAUGCCCAACUUGCCUUUUUCUAGGAUACCUAGAAGAUGAACUCCACCCCCCCUUUGUUUUUUUUUUUCAUUUCUAACUUUUCCAGCAUUUACAAUAAAUGACUGUGUGCUGUACACCCUGUCUGAUGUCUUAUUUAUUAAAAGGAGAAUUCUUUACACUGACGCACGCACACACGCGAGUGGGAGGAUCGGUUCUCUUUUAAUGAUGUAAACUGAGAAGUUACUAAUACUACCGCCCUUUCUAUUUAAAUGAAACUCUAAAUUAAUCACUCUGCUGUUUUCCCACUAGGAUGACUACAUGUCCCCCUUAAUAAAAAUCAAGUAGCAUCAAAUUACAUUUGA